AUGCGAUUCAUAGUUCUCGCUCUUCUCUCAACUUUCAUCGCAACAAUUUUCGCUGGACCAAAACACCCAGAUGCAACUGCCGAAGCCAAAAAAUUCACCAAAAGUAUUGCGGAACAUCAAAAAGCCAAAAACACCACAAUCAUCGAUCCAGAAUUCGUUGAGCUGUUUGCGAAUGGUACAACAAUCAAAAGAAAAGCCUUCGUGAAGUUUUUCUUAAAUGAGCCCUUGGGAUUAAAAUUCAAUACUAUUACUGGCAAAUUCGAUUCAAAAGGAUUGUUGCUUGUUCGAAGUAAAGGAAAACGAUCAAAUGCAAUUAUUGGAAAACGAAAUGCAAGUAUCAAAGGUGGAUAUAGUUUGUACAAAUUUGUGGAGGUCUAUCCAUGGGGUGAUAAGUAA